CUCAGAUUUCUGCUUCCGCGGUUCCGCUCUUCAUCGCCAUGACGGUUCACUCAAAUCACAAAGAUGAUUUCGACAAAGCACCAAGGAGUUCUUAUUUUCACUUACCUCCGCUGGAUGUUUCCGUUGCGUUUCCUCAAGCAACUCCGGGAUCAACAUUUCCUCCUUGCACCUCGGAUUAUUUUCUUUUUGAUGAUCUGUUGACUCCUGAGGAGCAGGCUGUCCGUUUGAGAGUAAGAGAGUGUAUGGAGAAAGAAGUAGCUCCAAUAAUGACAAAGUAUUGGGAGAAGGCAGAGUUCCCAUUUGAAGUUGUCCCAAAACUCAGUGCCCUCCGUGUUGCUGGUGGAACUAUCAAAGGUUAUGGAUGUCCUGGUCACUCCAUUAUUGGAAAUGCAAUUGCAACGGCUGAGGUUGCUAGAGUUGAUGCAAGCUGCUCUACUUUCAUAUUGGUUCAUUCUUCUUUGGCCAUGCUCACUAUAGCUCUGUGUGGAUCAGAGGAACAGAAGCAAAAAUAUUUACCUUCUUUGGCACAGUUUAAAACCAUAGCUUGUUGGGCUUUAACUGAACCUGACUAUGGAAGUGAUGCAAGUGCCCUGAAGACAACCGCAACAAAGGUGAAGGGAGGUUGGAUCCUUGAGGGCCAAAAACGCUGGAUAGGAAACAGUACAUUUGCAGAUGUGUUGGUUAUUUUUGCCAGGAAUACUACAACAAAUGAAAUAAAUGGAUAUAUAGUAAAGAAGGAUGCACCUGGAUUGACAGUUACCAAAAUAGAAAACAAGAUUGGUUUGCGAAUUGUUCAAAAUGGAGAUAUUCUCUUGCAGAAAGUCUUUGUACCCGAUGAGGACAGGAUACCUGGUGUCAAUUCUUUUCAUGAUACAAACAAGGUAUUGGCUGUUUCACGUGUCAUGGUUGCUUGGCAACCUAUUGGCAUAUCAAUGGGUGUCUAUGACAUGUGUCACAGGUAUCUGAAAGAAAGGAAACAGUUUGGAGCACCACUGGCUGCUUUCCAACUUAAUCAGCAGAAACUUGUUCAAAUGCUAGGCAAUGUACAAGCAAUGUUUCUUGUUGGUUGGCGUCUUUGCAAGUUGUAUGAGAGUGGCAAAAUGACUCCAGGUCAAGCCAGCUUGGGAAAGUCGUGGAUCACCUUGAGGGCCAGAGAAACAGUUUCUCUAGGACGAGAGUUACUCGGUGGUAAUGGAAUUUUGGCUGAUUUUCUAGUUGCAAAGGCAUUCUGUGAUUUGGAACCCAUCUACACAUAUGAAGGCACUUAUGACAUUAACAGCUUGGUGACUGGUAGGGAAAUCACCGGUUUGUCCAGUUUGAGGCCACCUACUUUGAGCAAGAGAAGCCGCCUUUGACCAGUACACUGUCCGACCCACCCUCUACACAGGGAUCCCUUCCUUAGCAAAGAAUUAUGCUAUGUGAAAUGAAUCAGAACAAAGUUGAUAUAUACUUAAAGAAUAAGUAAACUUUGCAUAAAGUGUUGCUCAGUUGUAAUAAAAGUGCAGUGUUAUGGACCAACAGGAGAAUGAAUGAUUUUCCAUUCUGCUGCUUCUCGUUGUGAUAGCCUUAUGUUUGUGUUCUACCAGAGACCAACAGCCCACAAAUAUAUAACAUAUUUACAU